GUGUGGCCCAGGGACAUGGUCAUUUGAUAUUGCAACCACGUAUCCAUUGACUGAGAUUAUUGGAAUAGAUAUAUCUUCGCACCAACCAACUCAAAUUAAACCCAAUAAUUUUGAGUUCAUUAAAGCAAAUGCUCAAGAAAGAUUACCAUUUGAUGAUAACACUUUUGAUUUUGUAUUUCAACGGCUUUUGGUUCUCGGACACACUAAAGAGAAGUGGCCAAAAGUAAUAAAUGAGUUUGUCAGAGUUUUAAAACCAGGUGGAUUCUUAGAAUUAUGCGAAUCUUCCAUUCCAUUUGAUGCAGGACCAGCUACUCAACGUAUAUGGAAUGCCGAAGCUGAAAUAUUAAUGGAACAAGGAAAUGAUUUAUAUGUAUAUCAUAAAUUAGAUCAAUAUUUACAAAACCAAGGUCAAUUAGAAAAUAUUAACAAAGAAGUAAAAAAAGCCUAUUUUAGUGCAAAGCACAACAAUAUUGAAUUUAGUAAAGCGUUUAUCGAUGACAUGGUUUCUAUAACAAAUUCUCUUAAACCUGUCUUAACAAAAAAAAUGCAAAUUUCUGAUAAAGAAUAUGAUAAGUUGGCCAAAAUAUCAGAAAAAGAAUUAAUUGAGCUUGAUACUUAUAUUUAUUGGGUUCGUGCCUAUGCGAGCAAG